GAUGAAUUGGAAGAAACGCUCAACAAUGCAAUAUCUUGGAUUAAGCCUUACCAUUGCGCUGAUCACCUUUCAAGGUGGUUCAGCACGAAGAGCCCAGAGUAGAAUUGUUAAUGGAGCAGAAGCACUACCUGGCGAAUUUCCGUACCAGAUAUCUUUAAACGUUUAUGGUACCCAUGACUGCGGCGGAUCUAUUUUGAAUAAAGACUAUGUACUUACAGCAGCUCAUUGUAUAGGAUCGAACGAUACAAGUAUUAUGAAGAUCAUAGCGGGAACUACCAAUUUAUAUAAGUUACCAGAGUCCGCUACAACCCAUAACGUCUCGGAAAUUCACGUUCAUAAAGAGUACGAUGGUGACGACGGCUGGAAAAAUGACAUAGCUAUUUUGAAAGUCAAACCGCCUUUCAACUUUAACAAGUACAUAGCACCAGCAAAACUUCCGAUAAAAAAUGCUGCAGUUAAUCCAGGGGACGAAGCUGUCGUAUCUGGUUUUGGAAGAAUCAAGAAAGAGGGACCUUUAUCACCAAAACUAUUAAAAGCUCAAGUAUUGAUUGAGACCUUAGAAUACUGUCAAAGAGAGAUAAUCGGUGACCCUGUAAGACCGACAAACGUUUGCAUACGGAAUGCCACGGCAGACACCGGCUUCUGCAACGGUGAUUCUGGAGGCCCUCUAACCGUAGAUGAAACAGUGGUAGGAAUAGUGUCAUUCAGUCCCAACUUAGGAUGCGCUGGUUUCUUACGUAAGCCACAAGUGCUCACAAGAGUUUCUGCCUACAUUGAUUGGAUUUACGAGCAAAUGGCGAAGGGAGCCAAAAUUAAUCAAUGAUAAGCAGUACUGCACACUGUUAAAAUUGCUAGCUUUAGACUUGUUGAACUUACACUAUUUUAAUAAAAAAACGACGAUGCUCAUUAAAAACCCCACG